GGGACCCCAGACCCCGGUUCCCCGCCCGGGAGCCGAGAACAGGCAGGGAAGGUGCUGGCUGGCCCGGCGCGCCGGGGGCCACGAUGUUCGACAGCUCUCAGUACCCAUACAACUGCUUCAACGACGAGGACGACGCGGGCAGCGCCGACCCGGACCAGCGGCUCACGCGGCCCGCGUACAGCUACAUCGCGCUCAUCGCCAUGGCCAUCCAGCACAGCCCUGCGCGCAGGAUCACCCUGGCGGGCAUCUACGACUUCAUCGUGCGCAAGUUCCCCUACUACCGCGCCAACCAGCGCGCCUGGCAGAACUCGAUCCGCCACAACCUGUCGCUCAACAGCUGCUUCGUCAAGGUGCCGCGGGCCGACGGCCACGACAAGGGCAAGGGUAACUACUGGACGUUCGCGGGCGGCUGCGAGUCGCUGCUCGACCUCUUCGAGAACGGCGACUACAGGCGGCGGCGCCGGCGGCACGGCCCCAAGCGGGCAGCGCGCGCAGAGGGACCGCCCGGCUCCAGGGAGCCCGCGGACGCGCCGGCCACCGUCGGCGGGGGGCUGGGUGUCCCUGGACGCACGGCCCCAGCUCCCGCCAGCCCCGCCGCGCCCGGAAAACCAGGACGCGGGGACCUCAAGUUCAGCAUCGAGUCCAUCCUGUCGGCCCCGGACCCCUGUCCGCGGCCGGAGGCGCUGCCUGCGGGCCUCCACUUCUGGGCCCUGUGAGGCGCCCCUGGGCCUCAGCGUUCUCAGGAGAGGGGCUUGCCGCCCCGCCAGGGCCCUCGGGCGGGAUUCCUCCAGGGGCCCUUCUAAGGAAC